AGUUCCAUUACCAUCGAACAAAUGGUAUCGCGGCCAUCUGCGGAAUAACGGGGAAACAAACAAACGAUAUCAACCGAAACUGCGUUCCGAUCUGCUCGAUAGAAUCGGAGGGUCCAGAGUAUGCGGAGAGAUCGAGAGGCGAGGGUGAAAUCGUCGGGCACAAUCGAUACUCGGAGUCCGAGGCGAACGGCCCAAAGAAGUUGGACAAGAGGCAAGAAACAAUUUUACAAGAUCUGAAAUCCUACUUGCUGACGGAGUACGCGACCGAGGAGGAGCAACGCCAGAAGCUUCGAGAGUUAGGGGCUCGGGAGGACGCGCUGGUGGAGAACUUGCUGAAACUUUUGGUGAAGCUGGCUGAGAAUCCAAGCCGGUGGGAGCGCGUGCAGAAAUUGCUUGCGAACACGGAGAACGAGCUGAAGCUGUCCAGAAACGAGUUGGACCCGGCGAAACGAGGCUACGAGUCUGCCUCCGCUCUGUCGUUCCCAGCCACGUCGGAAUCAUCAAACGAUUCGAGAAAGUCUCGCAAGAAGUUGAAGAAGAAGAAGAAGAAGAAGCCGAGGCAUCGUUUCACCGCGAGCGCGUUAACGUCCGUGCCAGCGACGCCUCCGCUGUUGACCACCACAGAGACGCCCUGGCAAACGACGCCGGUCCAGUGGCGUCUGGUGGCCGAGAGGCUCUUUGGCCCGCCCUGGCAGCAGGAUCUGCACGAUGAAAGCGAAAAGACCGCAAGCCCGCGUUACACCGUCCCGCAGAGUCCCAGAGGCUUGACCUCCAUCAGAGAGCUGAUCGAACAGAACAAGUCGAAAAGCAACGGCAAGUCUUUCACCUACGAUCGUAAGCCAAUACUGACGGACGAGGCCGCCGAACUUGGGAGUCAGAGGCCGAUGCGGUUUGGCAAGGUCGCUGCGCGUCAGCCUCACAGAGAGUUCGCGAACGUGUACGACAGACCUUCGGAUCCAGAACGCCUGCCCGACUACGACAUACCGGAAACGUACCGCCGACUGCGAUACAAUCAGCUGUCGCCAGCGUCGCGAGAGUUCUUGCGAAGACGCGAGGAGGAGUACCAAGGCGACUUCAACGUGCAGUCGGAUGGAUUUCCCGCCAGUGACGAGUACGAGCCAAGAUCACGAGAUUUCCCUUUGAGCAAGAGUUGGCCGGAUUUAUCCUACGGUUACAAUCCACCCUGGCGACCGGAGGAACGUCCACUGUUGCCUGUUCCCUCCGGGAAAUGGUCUUGGAGGCAGCCAGCCUCGAACGAGGCCAGCUAUUGGUCGCAACGCGGUAGCUUUCUACCGGUUGAGAAGAGCUACUGGUCCGUGUUGAAUAACGAGCAGGAGGACGCCGAGCAGGAAGCCGAGGCCGAGAAGAUGUGGCCGCAGCAACGUGUCCAACACACGUGGAACAGGGACAGGCCCAACUGGCCGGUCGAGAAACCCGUGAAAGUCGCGCCAAACACUUGGCAACAAGGAGAAAGGCCCGCGAAACUGUACGACCGGGCGAAUCAGGCGAACGGCGUCUGGGAGAAGAGCAAGAAUCGCUCCGAGUCCAACAGAUCGUCCGCGAAACAGGAGAAGAAGGAGAAAGUCGUGCUGCCUCAGAUAACCAUGAAAACGUGGAACAGCCUGACCUCCGACCCAGCCACGUGGCCUCACAAGCUACCGGGCGCGAAACCGUGGCCGAAAGACGAGAACGGCAAGUCGUACAACCCGAACGCCGACCUGGUGAAGAAACUGGGCUUGGACAAGCAGAGCGGCGCCGGCUGGUCGAAGGAUGAAGCCGAGAAGUCGAACGGCGAGGUGAAACCGAAGGACGAGAAACAGAGCAGACUGUUCUCGUCGAAGGACGAGGAGAAACUGUCGCCGAACGAGGCUACGAGGCACAAGUCGUACGACGACAGAAGCAACUUCAGCGACUACAAGACGAGAUCCGGAGAGUCGAUGAAAUCGUGGGCUAUGCUGUCGGAUUCUAAGGGCUCGAAGGACGAUUGGAUGAAGACGGAGAAUAUGCAGGGGGAUGAUCCCGGCGCUUGGAGAAGAAAGUAUGAGGGGAAGAGUUCGUGGAGCGAGGAAGCCGAAGCCUUGCCCAAGAUCCAAUCGGUCGGCGCUUGGGUAAUGGCGGCCGACCAAUCCACUUGGAAACCGUAUCAGAUCAAACCGAUAGAGCCUGCCACCGACGAGAAUAAUUCUCGAAGGUGGUCCUCGAAGCCGCUCGAGAGAUCGAACGGCAAAUGGACGGGCAAGGGAUCCUGGCCAGAGAGAGCCAACGACUCGUGGAUGGACCAUGAAUCCAGUAUAACGCUCUGGCCCGAGGAGAAGGCAAACAUCCCGGAACUCUGGUCGGAAAAGUCGAGCAAACCGGGCUCGUGGUUCGGGAAAACCAAAGGCGGCAACUCCGACUCGUGGAAAGUGAAAGGAGAGUGGUUGUCCAAGCCAGAGUCCACCUCGUGGAUGUCCAAGAUGGGGGACAAGAGUUCCUGGUCGACGAGAAGCGGCUCCUGGUCGACCAAGUCCAACGAAUCGUGGACGUCGAAGACCAACUUGGACAACGUGUCCAAGUUCAACGACGAUCCGUGGCCGGCGAAGGCCAAGGAGGACGAUUCCGCGGAUUCCUGGACGAAAAAGUCCAACGAGCAGAACAACUGGACGGCGAAGGGGAACGAGCUCUCGCCGUGGCAGCAGAAGAUCAACGACGAGUGGAGUUACGGGAAGACGAGCUCGACCGGCACCUGGCCGGCGAAAUGGAAACAGUUCGCCUAUCACAGAGUGACCGCGAUGCCCAUCUCGAAGCCCGGUACCACCGCCGACGCGACCUCGUCCAAGUCAAAAAACGCGUUCGUCGCGGUGUCCGCGGUUUCUUCGCCCAAGUACACCGGAAACGAUUGGAGAAAGAACGAAGACGACCCAAGGAGCGAAAACGGCCGCGCGGACGAACAGGAGCGGACGGGUAGUAAUCAGGUGCAAGUGGGCCUCGAGCGACCGAUCUACGCGUGGAAGAAGGACACCAGUCUGCGAAACGGACCGGCCAAAGGCAAUAACAGCGAUCCGUUGGAGAACCAGCUGGAGGCACUCAGGCAAAUUGACUUCUGGUCUUACAAAGAGAACGAGGCCGAGAAGAGACUGGCGUCGACAAGCACGACCACAGAAACGACGUCCAAGAGCCCGAUGAACACCUCGACGACGACCACGGUGCAUCGCCGAGGCAGCUUGAUCACAGGGAACGACAACGGCUUGAUCGAAACGGAUCGACGGACGAUCUCGAUGAAGUAGAUCGAAGCUUCGCCGCAGGUCGUUGAUCUUGCCCGACGGUUACCGGUCUGUUCAGUCGACAAUAGGCUACGCGAAGUCUCCGAGCAAUUUCCAACGACUCUCUGGCCCCCUGCCAAAAUGCACCGUACCCCUGUCACGCUUGGCUCCCCUCGCGGGCGCUUCGCGAUUCUUCGAUUUGCAAAUUGAUCGACGCUCCGUCGUCGAUCGUUUAGAUAGCUGUUUUUUCACUCCUUAGCGAUUUUCUCUCGUUCACCGUUUCCUACGUUCUGUAUUUCCAUUUUCUUUCUCUUUUUUUCUUUCUUUCUUUCUUUCUUUCUUUCUCGCCUUCCCCUUUCCUUUUCUUCACCGACGUAGUUUCGAAAGGAAUUUGUAUCGCAUGCCGUGUUUGUCGAGCGUACGUGGACGUGUAAAGAAAAAAAAAAAAAAAAGAAUCAACGCUAUGCUUCUUUCGAAAGGGAGGGGGAAACGGAACGAUCCUUCUCGAUCGAAAUUCUUCCAACUCUUCUUCGAGCUCUCGCGCUUCUUUUUGCUCUAAAAGGGAAAAAGCUAUAAAAAAAAGUCCCCGAAAUUUCUCAACUUCGUGCUUGCUGCCCCUUGUCUCCUCCUCCGUCCACCUCUUCUGCUUCCCUCUCCCUCUCUCUUUAUUUAACUUGGAUUUCCUCGGCAAGCAAUUUUUCUCGAUAGCGGCGCUCACCACCGGAACCCCCAUCUUCCUGAAUUUUACUCUUUUCUUUUUUUCGUUUCGACCUCCUCAGACGAGAACAGAGGAGAAACGUGUCCUAAAAUUCAAAGGCGAAGUGCCUCGGGAAGGGAAAAAUUCUCCCAGUGAGGAGAAUGUCUCUUCCCCUUCCGUGAGAAUUCGAAAAAACGCGAGUUUCGAAGCUUGCGCGCAGAACUGGAGAUCGUUCGACAAGCGGAACUACGUACGUACAUACAUACACAUAUAUACAUACAUACAUACAUAUAUAUAUCAAUACACACACACUUACUUAGCUUCGAAUUUCAGUGUAAAAUUCAAUGUUGAAUCUCCACCACCCUUAACGAUAUUAAAUAUUUUCGAAAGCUUUGAAAUCGUACAUGCGCCCGCGUACGCGCGCCGGACGUCGCGGAGAACCAUUCAUUCCGGUCGGAAGGUGAUAAAACACGUAAUUGCGGAUGUUGAUCAAUCUUGGCUAUCUCCAAGUUACUUAGUCGAACAUGUUCAAAUUGGUUGGAAAUUGGUGGAGGGGGUUUGCGGUAAAUCGACAGGAUCGGCGGUGCACGGGACGACGAGGGGCUUAACAGUAAGAGCUUGUACGCUUUCGCAAACCACGGGAACCUGUAAUUUCGUUGCGCAAGAGAGAAAGAGAGAGAAAGAGAGAGAGAGAGAGAGAGAGUUUAGUAGGAAAUCGAGCGAAUAUUUUUUCUACGGGACUGAAAUUUGUCGAAUGGCGACGGCCGUAAUCGCCGUCCGCGUUCUAAGAAAACUGUUCAAUCCUUCGAGUGCCCUUAACGCAUCGUAAGUUGGUUCCUCUUUCGUCUGUCAGGAAGAAAAGCCAACCAAAGCAGUUGAAGAUCGUGAAAAAAAAAAAAAAAAAAAAGAAAAAAAUGGAUUGUCGUCCAGAAAAUGUCCAGAACGACGUCGAGGGUAUGGGAGCGUCGACUUUUGCCGCGUUUCUUCGUUCGUCUAUAUCAGAAAGUAGCGGCUCGGAACGGAGCAGGCAAGAAAAAAAGAAUCCAUGACAAUAUAUCGACAAGUGGCAUUAAACGAACGGAAAUGUUCGUGCAAGAGCCGGUGUUGUCACGCCGCUCGAGGUUCGACAUUGCGAAGAAAAAGCGAAAAAAGACAAAGGAAGAUCGUUGUCGGACGUUGGUCCAAAGGUUCUACGGUUUCAUGGUAUUUUUCAACCCUCUGCGGCCUUUCAGCGCCUCGGUAUGUUUGUCGAACGUGUAAUUGGCGAACUAGAGAACGCGAUUUGAUCCCGAUAAUUUUCUUAUUAACUCGAGGGCGAAACCGAGAGAUCGUUCGCGAGAGGAGAAACUGAUAGGGGAGGGUCUGUCUCUCGUGAGAACGUCUGAAAUGUUAAGAGUUUAAAAAAAAAAAAAGAAAAAAAACUAUACCGUGCAGAGGACGGAAGCUCCCUUAAAGUAAAAUUUCCCAACGAGAGAGGACAGAGAGAGAGAGAGAGAGAGAGAGAGAGAGAGAGAGAGAGAGAGUACGGUACCGCGUUAAAGCAUCGCCUUCCAUUUACAUAUCAUUUAUAUUGAAUUUCAUUUAACGUUGAUGAAACGUUGCUCGGCUCGAGUCAGAGCUUCGAGAGCUGCGAAGCUGUUGAACCGUAGAGGGUGAGCUCUCCGCUAGUGUAUCGAUUGGAAAGGCGAACGAAUGGACGAAGAGUGAAAUUAGCAGGGAAUCGAGUCCGUGGCAUAUCACGUGGAGUGACAAUUCUCGCGUAGGACCAGACACUGUGCGUCGAUGUGUACAUAGAAUGCGUUUAAUUAAUUAGUUUUUAAUUCGUCGUUGUUGAAAGAACGGGAAAUGAGAAUUAGACAAACGUUGGCUUUUAUCGGACGCUUUUAACAGAAAAUUACGCCCCGAGCCGAUAUCUUCGGUAAAAAAGGAAAUGAAAGGGAAAUCAAAGGGGUAUAGGACCGAUAGAAGUUGAUUGAAAUUUAGGCAAAGUCCGUGCGAGUUCGAAAAUCGAUUCUGUUCUCGGUCGAGUUAUCGAUACGUCGGGAAUAAUUCUCGAGAGUAUCGUCGUGUCGGUUCGUUUUUCAAAACAGCUGUGGGCACUGUAAAUAUCCCGGUUUCACGGUUUCGUGUUGGACGAUCGUUCUUUGAUCGACGAGGAUUUCAUUUCGAAGUAGAAAGGUUUAUCAAACGCGCGAAACGAGAAAGAAAAGAAAAAAAAAAAAAAGAAAGAAGAAGGGGGAGAUCAGAAAACGACGACGAAAUAAAAGAACGAAUCGAAUUAAAUUCUUCUAUGCUUCAGAACCGAGUCGUUCGAAUUCUAUUAACGAAUCAGGCUGGCGAAUCAGAGUGCGUGUGGCUGCGAUAUUUGUGACAGAGGAAAAGAAAAACGUCGUUGUUCUUGUCAGAGUAAUGUUUUAUUUAAAACAAAGGAAGAGACGAGACUCGUAGACAAUGAAAACGCGGGAGAGUCGUUCGAAUGAAAGAUUGAAACGCGCAGGAGGAAGUUGCGACGUAGUAUGAGUCCGAGGUAAAUGGGUUAGUGCAUUCGGAACGGAAGUAUAGAUACGCACACAUGCAUACACAGUUGUACGCACACGACAAAGAGGAAUAGAAGGGAUGUCGUAAGGGUACGCUGAUAUAUCUCCUCGAAUUUUCAGAAUUCAUGGAAAUUCAUGUACCUUUAUAGAAUCCUCUGUAUCUACCCGUACGUAGGAUAUCGAUUUAAGAAAGAUGAGAGAAUAAAUGUCGUACGUUGUAUAUUUA